AUGCUCCAGACGUUGCGCUUGCAUGAGGAGACCACAUACAAUGAUGAUGAUGCAAGCGACCCAGUCUUUGUGAAGUACGCUCAGAGGAUGUUUUGGGUUCUCUUCAUCACUGAAAGAGCAUAUGCACUGCAAAGAAACCGACCGAUCAGAUUGCAAGACACAUUAAAGCUUCCAGACGUCGAACCACUGUCCUCUGACGCAGAGAUAUUGCGCGGCUUCCUCGAUCUCAUCUCACUUUUUCGUCCGUUUGGCCAAGACUUCAUCUCACAGUGGAACUCUCCAACAUCAUCCACUUCUACAGAUUUCGCAAACUUGUUCCGGCUGCAGUAUCUUCUCAAACAUUCGCUUCCGAACCUAUCAAACCACUCCCAAGUACAACAGGCAGAUCUUCUUAUAUCGCGCCAAUGGCUCAAGAUUGUUGUCUGGAAAUUAUGCGCUUCAAAAAGAGUUUUGUCGACUGCCAACAGCGAGGAUGUGAUGUCAUUACAUUACCCCGCUAGUAUCGCUCGCGAUAUCGUGUUAGUGUCACAACUUAUGCCGACUCAGGCUUUUGAAGCAAAUGGUAUUGGAAUUGUUGAAAAGGUGUUUGAUGUUGGCUGCUCGUUGGCGGAUCUGCUAUCAUUGGUACCGUUGGAAUAUCAAGGUUCAACUAUGGAUGUUGGCGUUAUUGAUACCCUAAUGGAGACAGUCAAGAUUGUUGGAACAAGGUUUGGGGGAAGCUAUCGUCAUUUGGACAUCUUGGUUGGCAAAGCGAGCGGGUGUCUUCUCAUGAACGUAGACCGAAGUCUUGCCCUGCCAGAUCAAGACGUUUCGGAUGAUAUCGAGGAAAUGUAA